AUGACGCAACAUCUAUCCUUGGGCCCUGUCACAAAGAAAAUGUCAAUGGAAAAAGAAGCCAAGAGAAGAGCCAAUCUGGUUAAGAAGAUAACUGAGAUGUUUAUUAGUGGAGGGAAAGUGGAGGAGAUGGAGGAGUUCUUCUCCACCCCAGUCGCCCCGGUGUGUGAGACCCCUAAUAUGGCAGCAAUUGGUUGUUUUUGGACUACAUUGGGAUCGGUUGUAUACUGCUUUGGGGACACACGAGGUAGUCACAUAGUCAAGUAUUGGGACCUUGCAGAGAUUCAAAAAGGCAUGGAGGCAUUAAGCCCUGGGGUGGUUCUAGCACCAACUGUGGUUCAGAGGCGUGGGCAGAAUCGUAUUCAUUUUUGGGCAUUGAAAGAAGUUUUGUUGGUUUUAAGUGAUGAUCCAUGCUUUCCACUACUCUUUUUUCACUUACAUGAUGAAACAUUUUGCCUGAUAUGGGAGGAUUAUGAGUAUUCUGCUGGAUGUCAGCGUUCCGUGCUUCUUGUUCAUCAGUUCUGUGUCUCCAAGCGCAUCAAGAGAGGAGUACUCGGUUUGAGUGUGAAGCCGGUGUUUACCGAAUAUUAUCUCCCUGAUGGAAUUGUUAUCAACUCCUUCGAUGGCAUAGUGCUUAACAUGGGUGGAAUGGGGGUAACUUCUGGUUCUGGAGGUAGAGCAUCUACCAUUGCAUUGUGGGAAUGGUUCAGGAAGGUUCUUGUUUCAAGACACUGCAUGACUUAUUUGAUUCUAGUAUUUGUUUUUGUGAAUUUGUUGAACAAUCUGUUUUUGAUGCUUUAUUAUAAGGUAUGUGUAGAAUCUUAGUUUUCAUUUUCUAAGUAAUUUCAGAUAUGUGUAGACAUUUUGUCUCUUUUUUUGAAGGAGUG